CAGCCACGAACCAUGUUCACCAGCAACGCCUUCGGCGCGCUGGCUAUGGACGAUGGUCCGCCGCCUCCGGCCCCUGCCGCGCCUGCCAGCGGAGGUGUACGCACCCGCCUCGUCGAGGGCGAGGACGUCGACGCAGAGUGGCUCAGACUCGUGCGCACCAACCACGACGUGAAUGUCCGUGUGCAGGACAAGGUCGCGCUCGACGGCCUUCCCUCCGAGUGCGGCUUGCUCGCGCUCAGCAAUACCCACAACCUCUUGUUUGCUGGUGGCAACACGGAUGUCCGCGUCCACCGCCUGGACCAGAUCCACGAGCUGCUGGAGAAGUCUGCCAAAGACGCACAGCCGGCGUCAUCGCCAAUUGCGACUAUUGCACUGCCCGCGCGUCCCGUAUGGGUGCGCCUCGCAUAUGGCGACGAGCGCUUGGUCGUCGCGACGGCUGGCGCAGGCAUUCUUUUAUACAAGACCUCUGACCUCGUAGCAGGAAACACUACUCCCUACGCCACUAUCACCAGCGGCGUCCCCGACAUGAUGCUCGAUGUCGUGCCGAACCCCGCCGCACCCUCCGAGCCGCAGGCCAAGUAUGUGACGCUCCUGGCGUCACAGGGCUUUGUGCUUCUCGAUACUGAGGCUGGUGUGCCCUCCGCUCCGCUUGCAGGCGCGUUCACCGCAGCCUCGUGGUCUGCUAAGGGCAAGCAGAUGGUCGUCGGUACGCGCGACGGCAAACUUGUGCAGUACACCCCCGAGGGUGUGGCCAAGAGCGAGGUGCCGCCCCCGCCGGAGCUUGAAGCAGGGUACUACCCCACCUUCGUGCAGUGGCUCGAGAACCACCUCUUCCUCGCGGGCUAUGGCGACGGCGAAGAGUUCGCAAUCUACGCCAUCCACCGCACCCCCGCCGAAAUUACCUACACCAAGUUCUACGACAUCAACGACCAGAUGGGCUUCUCCGGCCGCUCCGCGCAGCACAGGCACUACGUUGGUCUUAAGGACUGGGGAAACUCGAAGCAUCUCGCGUUCCUCCUCUCUGCUAUUGCCUCCGAAAUCGGCGUCCUCCGCGGCCUCCCUGCGCCGGAUAAGACCAACCCGACCUGGGAAGCUGUGAUGCUCGACGAGACAGCGCGCGCAAUCAUGCCCGCCGGCAAAGUCGGCGUGUCGGACGACACGAGCCCCAUCGGUCUCGCCUUGGAUUUGACCAGCACUAAGCACAUUGUGCGCGGCAUUGUCGGCGGCGAAGAGCUCCCCGACCUCGCGCCGGUGCCGCGUCUCAUUACGUACUCGCAGGAAGGUUUCAUCAUGUCGUUUGAUGUGCAGAACCCCGAUGCUGGCGCGUACCCCAGCAUGAUGGCGCCCGCCGCCGCGACUACGCAGCCCACAUCCGCCGCGGCGGCUCCCGCCCAGAGUAAGCCUUCGCUAGGCUUCGGCGGAGGCUCUGGCUCCGCAUUUGGCCAGACCAACAAGCCUGCGACUGGGUUCGGCGUAUCAGCCUUCGGACAGCCCUCGACCACCACCCAGCCUGCCUUCGGCCAGGCGUCGACUCCAUCCAACACUGCCUCCGCCUUCGGUCAGUCAGCCUUUGGCAGCACACCGACCAAGCCCUCGGCGUUUGGACAGUCCGCAUUUACGUCCACCACGCCGACGACGACACCCGCCAAGUCUGCAUUUGGACAGGGCGGCUUUGGUGCGUUCUCCAGCUCCUCGUCCGGGCAGAGUGCUUUCGGCAAGGCAUCCAACGGCGGAGGGUUCGGCGCCUUCGCCUCGAAGCCGGAGGAGAAGAAGACGGAGGUGGAGCAGAAGCCCGCGUUUGGCAGCAGCGGCUCCGCUGGUGUCUCUGCGUUUGGCCAGACCGCGUUUGGGCAGAAGAAGGAGGGCAGCGCCUUCGGGCAGAGCGCGUUUGGCCAGAGCGCUUUCGGCCAGCCGGCCACGCCUAAGGAUGAGAAGAAGGACGGUGACAGUAAGCCAGCCUUCGGUGGGUUUGGCAACUCGGGCACUUCGGCCUUCGGGCAGAGCGCGUUUGGCCAGAAGAAGGACGAGAGCAAGCCCGCCUUCGGCUCGACCACGCCGGCCUCGACCCCCAAGUCGGCAUUUGGCCAGAGCGUCGCAGGUGGCGCGCCUGCAUUCGGCCAGUCGUCCGUGCCGGCCAAGCCCGCGUUCACCGGCUUCGGCCAGCCCAAGCAGGAGAAGAAGGAGGACACGGUGUCCACUGAGCCAGAGAAGAAGUCGGCCUUUGGCGCGUUCAGUUCUCCCAGCUCGGGCUCGGCGUUUGGCACCAGCGCGUUCGGCACCAGCGCCUUUGGCGGCAGCUCCGGCAGCGCGUUUGGCAAGAAAGACGAUAGACCCGCUUUCACAGGCUUUGGCCAGAAGCCUGCUGCCUCCCCCUCCGCUUUCGGCACUGGCUCCGCCUUCGGCUCUGGCUCCGCCUUUGGCUCUGGCUCUGCCUUCGGAGCCGCCUCCGCGUUCGGAAAGAAGGACGACAAACCCGCAUUCACCGGUUUCGGCAAGCCCUCUACGUCUGCGGCGCCUGCUCCCGCCGAGGAGAAGAAGGACGACGGCGCCUUUGGCCUCGGCGGCUUGGAUUCCACGCUGUCCUCAAGCGUUCCCGGACUCAACGACUCGCCCUCGCCGGAGCACAAGCCCGGCGUCGUGCCCGGUCUAGAGUCAGACGAGGAUGAGCCCUCGUCUCCUCCACCCAAGCCCGCCGCCCCUGCCAAGUCGAGCACCAGCUCCUUCAUCAAGCCCGCGACAGCCUUUGCGUCCGCGACAUCGGGUGGCUUCGGCGCUUUCGGGGGCAAGAACACAUUCGGGUCCAGCCCCGCCGCGCUGUCGAGUGGCACGCCCAAGGCGCUGAGCAAGGCGCCCACGACCCCGGCUUCCGCAGUCGGGCAGAGCUCGUUCGGAAAGCCCGCGUUUGGGCAGAGCUCAGGCUUUGGCCAGGUGGCCGCGCCCGCCAAGUCGAGCAGCGCGUCCGCACCCGCCAGCGGCUUCGGCUCGUUCUCUGGCGGCGGCGGCUUUGGCGCGUUCGCAACGAAGGAGAGCGCGUUCAGCGAGCCGAAGGGCAAGAGCGUGUUUGCCGACAGCAAGCCCAAGGAGUUUGAGAAGUUUGACAAGCCAUUUGGUGUGCACUCGGACGACGAGGACGACUUCACGGACGAGGAGAGCGAGGAGGAAGCCAAGGAGGAUGCGAAGGACAGCAAGGACGUCAAGCCGGAUAACAACGACAUUAAGGAGGGCAAAACGGACGAAAAGCCCACGGCCCCCUCCGACUCCAAGACUGACGACAAGGUCGCCAGUGCUUCCAAGAAGAUCUCGUUCUCCAUCGGUGGCGAUGAACAGAAGUCGCCCGAUGAGGAGGUUAAGGGCUUUGAUGUGCCCGCGCCCGCGCCCAAGGCUGAGGCUGAGGACCAGAGCAAAGCUCCAGAGGCCGACGACAAGGCUGAGGCCCAGACAGGGGCGGAUGACACGUCCAAAUCCGACGCCGACACCAAGCCCGGAACCUCGACGAAGGCAGAGGGCAAGAAGCAUGCCGUGGACGCCGACAAGCCUGCGAAUGCGACUGGCGAAGCCUCAACCGAAGUGGCCUCGCCUGAGGACCCCGAGUUGAAGAAGUUCCUUGAGGACGACUACGAAGAUGAUGACGACGACUACUAUGACGAAGACGAGGAGGAGUACUCUGAUGGCUCGCCUGGCGACGACGAGCAUGACGACGAUGAGCCGCUCCGCUCUAGACGCUCGUUCUCCUCCCUCCCGCCCGAGAUGGACCCGAUACCCGAGGAUGACGAGACAGAGGACGAGGAUGAUGAAACGACAUCUCCAAAGCGCCCCAAGUCGCCUACGUGGUUCGCAGGCUCCGCCUCGACGUCGGGAACCCCCUCUCUGCUGAGCAGGAUGGGUCCCCCACCCUCGCAGGCAACGCCGCCGAGAGUUCCCGCCUUUGCGCUCAAGCACGCGCCGAAGACGAGCUCGCCGUUGGCCGCCCAGACGGUGGGGGAUGACGACAGCUCGGGUGGUGCGCUGAGCGAGCGGAGCGAGAAGACAGACGACGAGGAGUCCAAGGACGCCGCGGCAUCGCCGCAAGCGCGGAAGUCCAGCUUCGGCAGCAUCGGUCUCGGUUUGGCUGGCGCACAGCCGUUCUCCUUUCACCAGAGCGACAAGAAGAAGACAGACGAUAAGAAGGACAGCGACGAUAAGAAGGAGACCGAGAACAAGAAGGACAACGACGACAAGAAAGAGGCCAAGUUGGAGAAGCCUGCCGUCUCGUUCGCCAAGCCUGCCGCGGUGCCUGGAGAGUGGACGUGCGACACUUGUAUGCUCAAGAACCCGGCGACGGCGAAGGACAAGUGCUCGGUCUGUGAGGCGCCCAAGCCCGGCGCUAAGGCGGCGGAUGCCCCUCCCCCGGCCGCUGCGCCUCCGAAGCCCACGUUUUCGUUCAAGCAGGCCGGCCCCGCUGCCGGCGAAUGGACGUGCGACACAUGCAUGCUUAAGAACCCGGCAAGCGCUACAGAGAAGUGUACCGUCUGCGAGACCCCGAAGCCUGGUGCAGCCCCCAAGGCUAAUGUCGCUUCACCGGCCGCAUUGCCUGCUCCUCCGGCAGGCGGCUUCGGAUUCGGUGGAAAGCCUCCCGCCGCUCCGUCAACCGGUUUCAGCUUUGGCGGUAAGACGCUGGCAUCGACAGCUUCGCCAUCUCCACCCUCGACCGCGGGCGCCGGUCCCACUCCGCCCGCUGGCGGAUUUAGCUUCGGCGGCAAGCCCGCUGGCCCCGCUCCGCCCGCUGGUGGCUUCAGCUUCGGCGGCAAGCCCGCCGGCCCGGCACUCCCUGCCCCGCCCGCUGGCGGCGGCUUCAGCUUUGGCAAGCCCGCCUCGCCCCCCGCCAGCACAUCGCCUACCGCUCCAGCUGGCAUGCCAACUGCUCCCAGCGGUUCAUUUUUCGGCUCGUUUGGCAAGACUCCAGCUGCCCCGACGACCGUCAAGUCGUCGACGGGUGGCGCCGUGUCGGGCCAGUGGACGUGCGACACAUGCAUGCUCCAGAACCCAGACUCGGCACAGCAGUGUACGGUCUGCGAGGCACCGCGGCCUGGGGCCAAGAAAGAGGAGGCUAAGCCGGCCGCUGGUCUGUUCGGAAAGCCUGCCGAUAAGCCGCCGACCCCGUCAGCAGGAUUCAACUUCGGCAAACCGGCGGCGUCGACCACUAAGGAGGAGAAGCCCACCGCCCCUGCUUCCGCCUCGCCCUUCAGCUUCGGUCUGCCGACAACCCCGGCGGCCGCGAAUCCCAAGCCCGCCGCACCUGGCUCACUCUUCAGCGGCUUCGGCAAGGCAGCGACACCCGCACCCCCAGUUGCAGCGCAGAAGCCAUCGCUCUUCGGCACGGUCGCCUCAGCAUCGACCCCGGCCACUCCCGCACCGUUCGGCACGAUGGGCCCGUCGUACACCGGACCGCCCACGCCUGCCCAAGGCCCCGUCGCGCCCAGCGCGACUCCCUCGCCUUUCCAACUGGGCACGAAGGCGCCCACGCCUGCGCCUGGCGUGUUUGGCAGCCUUCAGAACCUUCCUGCGCCGACAGCGCAGCCCGCGAGUGUCUUUGGCGGCAAGCCGCUCUUUGCGCAGCCCGCUCGGACCGCACCUGCUCUCGCCCAGCAGGCGGCACCCACUGACGCUCCCCACCCAACCCCGCCCGUGCAGAAGUUCACCACGCCUGCGCGCCGCCCUGUGCCGACGGGUACUGUCGCACCUUCCCAGACACCCAAGAGCAUGGGCGACGCGCUCGAGCUUCUCAUUGCGGAUGUCGGCGAGGACCUCGGCCGACUCGGCAAGACUCUGCAGGCGAACAAGCUGCACCACGCUGCCGUUGAGGCCGAGACGUUCCCGCCGCCCAGCAUCGAUAACUUUGCGCAGCACGAUGCGCUGCCCCUCUCCGCCCUGGACACUGUGCACGCGCUGACCGUCGAACUUGGCGCGCAGCUUGCGGCCGUGAGGGCCGAGGUGCGCCAGUCUGACAUUACUCUCGCGCAACUGCAGAGCCGGAUGCUGAAGACGGAUAUGAAGACCGGGCAGGCCGAUAAGCUCUUCAAGGCGCGCAAGGACCCGUCAUUUGGCCAGGCCAUGCAGAUCAAAGAGCUGUCGCCAGCCCAGGCAGCUGGCCAGACACGCCUGCGCAAGGUCGUCAACAUGACGGCUUCGCGCCUCGACGAGCUUGACGCCGGGAUUGCGAGUCUGAAACGGCGCGGCAACCCACGCACCUCGCACUCGUCCCAGCCGGCCCUGGAGCGCAUCCAGCGCUCUGUGCGCAACGUCGAUGUCGCUAUCCGGGACCGGCAGCGAACGGUCGACGACCUCUCGCGUCGCGUCAGCGCCCUCCGCGUGCGCGACGGGUCCGAGCCUCGAUCGCGUGAAGGAUCCCCCUUCCCCUCGAGUCCGAAGUCACCGCCUGUGCGCGCCGCUUGGGCCGCCCCGACGCCAGCCCAGCGUCCGGCCCACGCGAAUGCCAAACCGAUCGCGCACGGAUCUCCGCGCAAACCGGCAACACCCGAACUGGAGCCUGUUGCAUCCACCCGCUCACCCUCGCUCCAGCCGACUGAUGGGAUGCGCGCCGCUGCCAAGGACGACAGGGAGCGCCGGCGCAGCAUUGCGCGCACGCUCAUGCAGGCCACCAACGGUGAGAAGGGAUCGGGGGGCAAGGUCGCUCCUGUGACUCUCAUCUCGCGCGACACGCCGGCGUCUACCUCCACCUCGGCCAUGACGUCGAAGGUGGGACCGUCGCUCGUCGCACAUGCAUCUGUCGCCCGGGGACCUGUCAUGCUCGACGCCGUCCCUAUCCCGGGCUCGGUGCAGCUGAGUGCGCCUCCGAGGGCUUUCAGCCAGUCGAAGAGCGGUCUGGGGGACGCAACGCGCUCUACGGGUGCCCCUGCGUCUACAGCGCCCAGGACGGCUCCGACUUCAUCCAGUGCUCCGACAUCCGGCCCCGCUCCGGCAGCCAUGUCAACGUCCCCGGCCGCAGCACCGGCUGCUACCCCGGCUGCACCGUCCACGCCAGCCGCGACGCCCCCGGCUUCGGGCUUCGGAGGGUUUGCAGGCAUAAAACUGGAACUGUCGCCCUCGACCUUCUCGACAUUGCCGUCAGAGCGCGCGCCUCGGAGCUCGCUACGGACGUCGAACAGCAAGACGUCGCAUGGGAAGGCGGCCAAGCUCAGCACGACGCCCGUGGUUCCCGCCACGGGCAGCUCGGGCACGCUGUUUGGCGGCAUCGUUCCGGCCAAAGCCAAGGAUGAGGAGCACAAGGCGCCGACUGGAUUCGUCAGGUGAGUUGAGAUGGUUCAGGCAUGGUUUUGUGCGUGCCAUGGAGAGAGAGAUCCGGAAGGGGCCGGAACAGGCUGGAGGAUGGAGGAAUGGGCCGGUGAAUGGCCUCGGGACGUGGCGGUGGCGUC